CCACUUAUCGCGCUGGACCACCGCGUCCCGACCAACUGUCAGCAUUCACAAAGCAAUUUGCAAUCGCCAAGAACAUCGAAGUCCAUUUCUGAAAACCGGUAUCCAAAUCUACCUCAACCUCCGGCUGAUCCCAAUGGAGUAACACUCGCGACCAUCCCUGUUCCCUUCUCCUGCUCCAUUGAUCCCAUUCCCAUGGCCGCCACCGGCUUUCGCGUCCACCCGGCCGCCUUCUUCUCAGCUCAUCCGCGCGAGGCAGGGGCCAAGCAGUUGCCGUUCCACCAUUGCUCACCUCACAGGAUCCUUGUCGCAAGAAGGACGUGGCUUCUCAGGGCGAGGUCCUCCAAUGGGCGCCCGCAGAUCGGUGCCUCGUUCAGCAACAGCAAUGGUAUUGUUCAUGCAGAGGUGCUAGAUGGGAAGCCAGCCGGAGAUGGGCCACCAAAGCAGGGAGGGGGCACCGUCAGCAUCACCGUCGUGGGCGCCUCCGGCGACCUUGCCAAGAAGAAGAUUUUCCCGGCGCUCUUCGCCUUGUUCUACGAGGACUGCCUCCCGGAGCAUUUUACAGUGUUUGGUUAUGCCCGUAGCAAGAUGAGCGAUGAAGAGCUUAGGAACAUGAUUAGCAUGACACUGACAUGUCGAAUUGACAAAAGGGAGAACUGUGGCGAUAAGAUGGAGGAGUUUCUGCAGAGGUGCUUCUACCAAUCUGGGCAGUACAACUCAGAGGAGGGGUUUGCUGAAUUAGAUAGGAAGCUUAAAGAAAAAGAGGAAGGCAAGGUACCAAACAGGCUAUUCUACUUGUCGAUCCCGCCAAACAUAUUCGUCGAUGUGGUAAGAUCUGCUAGCCGCACCGCGUCUUCUUCAACCGGAUGGACUAGAUUUAUAGUGGAAAAGCCGUUCGGCCGCGACUCGGAGUCCUCAGGGGAGCUCACUCGGUCCCUGAAGAAGUACUUGGCCGAGGAGCAGAUAUUCAGGAUUGACCAUUAUUUGGGCAAGGAGCUUGUUGAGAACCUUUCGGUCCUCCGUUUCUCCAACCUCGUCUUUGAGCCGCUGUGGUCGAGGAACUACAUCAGGAACGUGCAGCUCAUCUUCUCUGAAGAUUUCGGCACCGAGGGUCGAGGCGGCUACUUCGACAACUACGGGAUCAUCCGUGACAUCAUGCAGAACCACCUGCUUCAGAUCCUGGCCCUGUUCGCCAUGGAGACCCCGGUGAGCCUGGACGCCGAGGACAUCCGCAACGAGAAGGUGAAGGUGCUGCGGUCGAUGCGGCCGCUGAAGGUGGAGGACGUGGUGGUGGGGCAGUACAAGGGCCACACCCGGGGCGGCAGGUCAUUCCCGGGCUACGCCGACGACCCCACCGUGCCCAAGGGCAGCGUCACGCCCACCUUCGCCGCCGCCGCUCUCUUCAUCGACAACGCGCGCUGGGACGGCGUGCCCUUCCUCAUGAAGGCCGGCAAGGCGCUGCACACCCGGCGGGCGGAGAUCCGGGUGCAGUUCCGGAGCGUGCCGGGGAACCUGUACCGGCGGAGCGUCGGGACGGACCCGGACACGGCGACCAACGAGCUGGUGCUCCGGGUGCAGCCCGACGAGGCCAUCUACCUCAAGAUCAACAACAAGGUGCCGGGGCUCGGGAUGCGGCUCGACCGCAGCAACCUCAACCUGCUCUACUCCGAGCGAUACCGCCGGGAGAUCCCCGACGCGUACGAGCGGCUGCUGCUGGACGCCAUCGAGGGGGAGCGCCGCCUCUUCAUCCGGAGCGACGAGCUCGACGCGGCAUGGGCCAUCUUCACGCCCGUGCUCAGGGAGCUGGAGGACAGGAGGGUGGCGCCGGAGCUCUACCCGUACGGCAGCAGGGGACCCGUCGGCGCGCACUACCUCGCCGCAAACUACAACGUCAGGUGGGGCGACGUCACCAGCGACGACGGCUCCUUCUAGCCAAAGGUCGAGCCAUUGGCGAUGCUCUGCGGUUGUUUGUGCAUUCUUUUGUUGGAAAUUGAAAGAAUAAAGAACCUCUCGCAGGAGAAAGGGAAAGAUGAUGGAUAAAGCAGCUCUGUUCAGUGUUUUCGUUCCAUAUAUGGCCACAUGUUAAAACUGCGCAAAUACCAAAUAGUGUGUGCCUUUAAAUCAGA